UAAAAGGACAGCCCUGGCGUCCUUGGAGUCCGAGGCCCUGCCAGCAGGUCUGGGGGCGGAACUGAGCCAGUUUCUCCAGCCGCUGGUUGUGUGAGGGUUCUGCCGCUUCCCAGCCGUCUGCUCCGGUCCCCUGCCAUCUCCAGUUUCCAGAAUGCCUGGCCCGACCCCCAGUGGCACCAACGUGGGCUCCUCAGGACGCUCCCCCAGCAAAGCGGUGGCCGCCCGGGCGGCGGGGAGCACGGUCCGGCAGAGGAAAAAUGCCAGUUGUGGAACAAGGAGCGCGGGCCGCACGACCUCAGCAGGCACUGGGGGGAUGUGGCGGUUCUACACGGAGGAUUCCCCUGGCCUCAAAGUUGGCCCUGUUCCAGUAUUGGUUAUGAGUCUUCUGUUCAUCGCUUCUGUAUUUAUGUUGCACAUUUGGGGCAAGUACACUCGUUCAUAGAUUUGGCUACAUCCAUCUGUCAUCUGAAGAAGGAGAAAAAAAAUCAUCAAUAUAUCUUGGACCAAAAGCAUAGUGAUUUUCUGUUCAUGAGAAAGAAAUUUUCUGUAAGCUUACUGUUUUACAGGGAACUUAAUGAGAAUUGAUUUUAAGGAUCAUUUUUUUUCUAUGGCUAAUAAACUUUGUAAUUCAUUUA